AUGGAGGCUACGGAAGUGCAGCGUGAUCGAAAGAUCCCUGUUACAUUGGUAACAGGCUUCCUUGGCAGCGGUAAGACCACCUUCAUCCAGCGGCUGCUGAAAGAGCGCCAUGGGAUGCGCAUCGCAGUGCUUCAGAACGAGUUUUCGCCUGAAAUGGGCAUAGAGAAGCCAGUAUUGAGCGCUGGAGGCGCCUCCGUGUUCGAGCUACCCAACGGUUGUCUUUGUUGCAGCAUGAAGGACGGCAUCGUCGAAGCCGUGGAGUCCAUUUUGCAGUAUCGCAGCGACUUAGACUGGUUGGUCGUCGAAGCCGCCGGCAACGUUGAUCCUUUGGAGCUGGCUUCAAACUUUUGGCUGGAUCCCGAGAGCCCCCUACUGUUGGAUGGCGUUCUAUCGGUAACGUGCCCAGCAGUUAUGCAGGCCGUGCUCAGUGGCGCGAAUUCUGAAGCCAAUUCGACAACAAACAAUCGCAAAAACGAGGGAGACAAUAUUGGAGGCCCCAAGCUGCUUGAGGAGUGCACGGCACUUCCUAAAAGGGACGCCAACGGUGUCCGUGUCCCCACUCCGCCCUCGGGUGACCAGCGCUUCAAACUCUUGGGAAAUGAGACUCUGGACGGCAAAAAUAUGCUGGAAUUGAUGCGCAAACAGCUCAGCGUCGCAGAUGUGAUCAUUGUAAACAAGAUUGACGAGUUGGAGCGUCAUUCUGGUAAUGGCGAUCAGAGCGGUGCCGAAGCCUCGUCGGCCCAGAUGGAAAAUGACGGUCCCGGAUCGAACACUCCGUUUUUCGCCGCUUUUAAUUCCAUGCUUCAGGAAAUGAACCCGACAGCAAAAGUACUCCAAACUACCUUCUGUAACGUCGAUUUCAAGUCUGUGAUGAACCUGCAAAUGUUCGCCGCCUCGCGCAUAAUGACCUUCCUCUCCGAAGGCCACCACGAGCAUCAUCAUGACCACAAGCAGAACCAUUCAUCUCCUAACGUUUUUGUAAAAAGCCAAGGUGUAUAUUCAUUGGACUAUAUCAACUCCUUCGUCUCACAUUUACUAUGGGAAUCUGGCGCCACAGUGUACAGGUGCAAAGGCAUUUUCAAAGCUCGGAAGGAUUGUGCAAUGGUCACUGAUGCGGAUGGAGCUACGUCAGUCUUCCAAUUGCAGGGUGUUGGCAUGUUGUUUGAGAUUAGCGAGACGGAGGUCGCGGAAUUGGACGACAACCGGUUCUUGUUCAUAGGUCCCCAACUCGAUGUGGACGGCAUAAGGAACUCACUCCAUCUUCCCUCAGAGACACCUCCAGGAGAAGCCUGA